AUGCCGGGCGGUCGCAAGCCCAAGCACGUGCAGCCCUCGCGCCCACCGACAACUCUCAUCCUCGACAAUGGCGCCGACACCAUCAAGGCCGGCUUCCUCGCAUCCUCAUCGGCACCGCGCGUGAUUCCCAACUCGAUUGCCCGCGACCGCGCGCGUCACGUCUACGUCGGCAGCGACAUCUCCAAGUGCCGCGACUUUGGCGAGAUCCAGUUCCGCCGCCCCGUCGAAAAGGGCUUCGUUGUCAACUGGGAGGUCCAAAAGGACAUUUGGGAGCGCGAGCUCUUUGACGACGAUGCGCCGCUCCAUUGCGACCCCAAGGAUGCCCGGCUGAUCCUGGCCGAAGCGCCGAAUGGCCUGCCGGUCCUCCAGACAAAUUGCGACCAGAUUGUCUUUGAAGAGUAUGGAUUUGCCAGCUACUUCCGCGGUGUUGGGCCCGCGUUUAACGCCUACCACGAUCUCCAGAGCCUCUUCCGCACACCCAAGGAUGCUGCGACGGCGGCGCCGGCACCUGCUGAAAUUUGCCUCGUUGUCGACUCGGGAUACUCGCAUACUACCAUUACACCCGUCUUUCGUGGCCAGACGCUGCAUGCUGGCGUGCGCCGGCUGGAUGUGGGCGGCAAGUUUUUGACCAACUACCUGGCGCGCCUCAUCUCCAUGCGCCACUUUGACAUGCGAAACGACUACUAUAUUGUCAACGAGAUGAAAGAGGCAGCAUGCUUUGUGUCCCUUGACUUUAAAGACGAUCUGGAAAAGACAUGGAAGGGCACGCGCGGCGAGAAGCGUCCCGACUAUGCCACGGGCGGCGGCAUUGUCAAGGAUUAUGUUCUUCCCGACUUCCACACGAAACACAAGGGUAUCCUAAGAGACUACGAUCCGGCCCUCCACGUCAAAUCGAAGCACCAGGCCCCGCGGCUGCCCAACGAAGACGACAUCCUGACGCUACGAAACGAGCGCUUCGCCAUUCCAGAACUUCUCUUCAACCCGUCCGACUGCGGGCUGCGCGAGCCCGGCAUUCCCGACUUGAUCCAGCAGUCUCUGCACAGUUUACCCGUUGGAUUGUGGCCCGGCCUACUUGCCAACAUUGUCGUUGUCGGCGGCAAUGCCUACUUUGACGGCUUCGUGCAGCGCUUACAGCGUGAAGUUGUCCAGCGAGUCCCUGACGACUGCGUAGUCCGCGUAGCAAGACCACCUGACCCCAUAGCUUGUACAUGGGCCGGCGCUGCCAACUUUGCGGGACAUGCGGAUGUGGAAAAGGCCGUCGUCACAAAGGCCCAGUACGAGGAGCAUGGCGCGGCAUGGGUCGCUAAGAAGUUUGCAUCUGGCUGGGAUAUUUGA